CUUGAAGUUGUAUUCGUUUUAGAGGAUCAGGCGGGAGAUGAACUUAGACGUCCCUUUUAUACCGAUAUAAUACUACUUCUCAGUUAUAUAUUGUGUGUAGUACACGCUGCCGUGUUUUGUACUUUAAUCAGCCGUUACGGUUACCGAUUUUUGUGCCGUUCAUGUGUUUUCGGACCGAAUAACAACCGGACAAAAGAGAUGAGCCUGCUUCCUUCCGAGCGGCCCGUGGAUCUCCCUGUUGAGAGCCCAAAGGCUGAAAGUGACUCAGGUGACUUAGACAGUGGAAUGGGCUCACCUAUGGAGGAGGCUGUGACUGAGACGGUCACUGCCACUGAGACCCAAGAAGAUUCAGAUGAUGAAGUCGCUGUGAACCGGAAGUCACGUUCUGUGAAGGUUCUGCAGGACAGUGACAGCGAAAGGGAAGAGGAGGUGACUGGGAUGGCAGAGGCUCUUAUCCUGUCAGAAUCCAGCGGGGAGGAGACAAAGACCAUUAAGAGUAAACAAAACAGAAAAGGCCGGGGAAAGAAGAUAUCCCGCAUUUCCAUGGGCAGUGAUGAGAGUGAGCCAGAGAGAGAUGAACCUAAGGAAGUGAAGAAAAAGAGGGAGAAGUCACAGAGACGCAAGGAUAAAGAGGAGCGCAGAGGUGCUUUAAUGAAGCGACUGAAAGAGAAACCAGGCACCGCUGAAACAUCCUCUUUGCCCAAGACUCUCAAUGACAGUGGCUGUCUGCUUGGUGAUAAUGAUCUGUUUGAUGCCCAACUGGAAGAUGACACAGCUGAUGGGGAGGAAGAGGAUGAAGAGUCUCUAGAUGCCAUCAGAGAUGCUGUGAAACAGAGGGCCAAGGCCAAGCACAAGCCUCAUCUUCAUGACUUUGAAGAUGAUGAAGUGGAUGAUGAAGACAAACCCCAGCGCAAGGAGAGAAAAGCUGCAAAGGCAAGUAAAGAGGCCAUGAAACAGCUCCACAGUGACAGCCAGCGGCUUGUGAGAGAGUCAACUAUAGGGCUACCAUACCACAUGCCGGAGCCCAAGGGCAUUGACCAAUUCUUCAAAAGAAGAACUCGUCCCCAGGGACAUGCCAUGGCUUUGUUGAAGUCUGCAGAAUACCAGGCCUAUAUCAUGGAAGCAUCUGCAGCUGCACCAGCCAAAGAGAGCCAAGCUAAAGCACCUGAACAGAACACAAACCUUGUGGCAGACCCAUGCCUGGAUGAACCGCACCCAGCCAGUUGUACCCAAAGUGAGGCCAUGACCAAUGAGGAGGAAACCCACAAUGCUAUUGGAACCACUGAGGACCUGCCAGGGAUUGAAGCAAGUGAUGAGCUCCAAAGUACUGAGUUUAUGGAGGAGGAGAGUGCUCCUCCUGCAGUGAAGGUGCCUGUGGGGUCUGAAGCUCCCACACAGGACAAGGAGGAGCCACAGGUCUCAAUUCAGCAGGCUGAGUCUGAGACAGGGAAUUCAGAGCAGGUUGGCUCUUCCCUUGCUGAGCCGGGACCAGUAAUGCCCAAACCUAAGAAGGAUAAGCUGGCUAGACUGCGUGAGCUGGGUUUGGAGCCUCCCCCAGUAGCAAAGCUGUGUGCAGAUGAUGGAGCUUUUGUCCAGCUGGAGCCUCCUCAGGCGAACCCUGCUCUGGAGGCGCUGAAGGAGCGUUUUCUGAAGCAUAUCCAGCCUGCUCCACGCUCUACAGGAGAGCGCUUACUAAAUAUAAAUGUGGUGAGAAAGGACAGUACCCCUUCUGGCCAGGAGGAGCUACAUGCUGAGUCCAUCACUAUCACAGUGAAUGAGGGGAAGGAGGAGCCAGCACACACUAAGCCAGGAGAGCGAUUGGUUCUACUGAAAUCUGAGCUGCAGAAGGCCAUGGCAAUCCGGCGGCAGGAGGAAAGGGAACGUCGGGCUGCCCUUUAUCGUCUGGACAAUGAAGAUUGUGAAGAAGAGGAGGAAGAAGAAGAGAUGACUGAAUCAGAAGAAGAGGGUGUUGAUGAGUUGCUAGGUGAUGGUGAAGAAGAGAAUGGUGGUCCUGGGGAGGAAGAGGAGGGCGAAGAUGAAGGUGGAAGAGAAGAAGAGGAGGGCGACGAGGGUGAAAGAGACAAUGCAGUCGAAAAAAGUCCCCCUGGUUUGAAAAGUCCCUCUCCAACCCCAUACACUGAUGGCACUCUAAUGUUGUUUGCAGGCAGCUCGUGCUCUCGGACAGGGGAUGGUGUUAGGCAGUCUGGACAAGCUGGUCAAGAAAAUGAUGGGAAAUUAGAGGAUGAAGAUGCCUUCUCUCUGACUAAAGAGAGCAGUCACAACAGCAGCUUUGAGCUCAUUGGCUCCAUGCUUCCAUCAUACCAGCCGGUCAACCGGGCGGCAGGCAGGGGUCUAUCAGCAGGUGCAUUCCGUUCACCUUCUCCCUGCCUCUUCAGACCCAGCUUUCUGGGCUCAGCCUCCAAGAGCUCUGGCAAGCUGUCAGAGCCCUCUCUUUCCCUCCCUGUGGAGGACUCCCAGGACCUGUAUGCUGUCCCCUCACCAGGUGAUGCCGGUCCUGUAAAUGACUCGCAAGGCCCCUUCUCUCUGGAGGAUGACACACACUCUCAGCUGUUAGACGCAGACGGCUUCUUAAAUGUGGGGCCCCGUGGCGGUCCAAGCCGCUCCCACAAACGGCAGCUUCUCUUGGAUAACCUGGAUGAGAACGCCAUGGAUGCCAACAUGGGUGAGCUCUUGGGACUCUGCUCAGGGGGUUUUGGCUCAGGGCAAAGCCAGCCUGCGGCCAGCCAAUCUGCAGCAGAGGACGAGCUGCUGGGCCUGUGCUCUGGAGCCUUCACCACUCAGCGUGGAGAGGCUGCUGACAGACCCAGAGAGGAGAGAAGAGCCAUAGAAGUAGAGACUAGGAGCGGGGAAAGUCAUGAGAGCUCAAAUGGGGACAUGGAUCAGCUGCUUGCUCUUUGCUCGGGCAAAUUUACAGGCAGCCAAGCUGCUUCUCCAGGACGAUCGAUCUCAAGUCCUGCUCUUGAAGAUGCGUCUGACAGGGUCAAGAAAAAGGAGGAAGAGGAGGAGGAGGAAGAAGAAGGCAAUUCUGAGUUUCGACUCCUAUCGGAUGUGGACAGUCUCAGUGAGAAGGAGGAGAAUGAGGAUGAGGAGGACUCUGAUGUUGAAGAAGACAAUGAUGACGAGGAGAGGGAGGCAGUUUUUGGGCCUCGCCCAGGCAAAAGGAAGAUACGCAUGGCUGAAUUUGUGGACUCCGAGGCUGAGCUGUCGGGCAGCGAUGUGGGUAGUGAAGAUGAGGAUGAGGAGGGAGGUGAUGAAUAUGAAGAAGAGGAGCUACAGGAGGAACUUCCAUCAGAUGAGGAACUGAUGGACCAAGUCAACAAAAUCCACAUGAAGCAGGUCCUGGAUGAUGACAAACGGAAAUUGCGCUUAUAUCAAGAGCAUUAUCUGGCUGAUGGAGAUCUACACUCUGAUGGACCUGGUCGGGAGCGGCGAUUCCGGUGGAAGAAUAUGGAUGAUGGCUUUGAGUUUGGGGUUGGUGCUGGUGAUGAGGAGGAAGAGGAGGACGAUGAAGUGGAUCAGAGUGAGCUGCAGAGGCGCAAGGAGAGGCUGGAGAGAGAGCAGUGGAUGCGAGAGCAGUCUGAAGCUCAGGCUAAGAAAGGAGAAGAUUUUGAAGAGGAGGAUGAGAAGAUAGGAGAAGAGGACAGCCAGUUCAUGAAGCUGGCCAAGAAACUAACCGCCAAGACACUCGGCCAGAGAGCACCCACUGCAGUGCCCCUGCAAGAGAAGGCAGCUCCUAACACCAACUCUUUCCAGAAGCCCUAUCAGCCAAUGGUGAAGAGAGGAUCUUUGCUCAGUCAGCCUCGGGCAGUGCUGCAGAAGUUAGCAAACAUCUCAGACAGUAACCCCCUAGCCCCACGUAACACACGAGGAUUCCUCUUCCAGACACUGUCUCCAGAGAAAGAACCGUCUGCAUCUGCUGGCCCCAAGAAACAGAUGAAGAAAAGAAGUCAGCCAGAGUCCUUUACCCCUGUCGCCAAGCGACCAUGUCGUGAGAACUCUGUGAAGAUCCCUGGACCUCCGAGAAGUGUUUUCAGUUAUUUGGAGAACUGAAGCUCCUUCCAAACUUCAUAUCACUGACCUCCAACAAGACUAUUUUUUUUAGCUUUGGCAUAUCUCAUGUUGACAAUAUAAUCUUGGCAGCAUGCGUGACGUAAUCCAAUUUUUUGACACAGCUGUUUACAUUUAUU